UUCCAAAGGGCCCAUAUCAAACGACAAUUCGUAUGGUAUCAUGCUCACGCUUACAUCGUGUUAUCUUAUGUGGAUGGUCACAUAUAUGGCGCAACUACAUCCUCCCAUCAAUAACGUCAUAUCGUUCAAUGAAGGGCGGAGAGAGUUUUUGAUGGAUUCUACUCGCACGGUGUAUUUCCAGUACCUCCUUGAAUCGACACUGAUGGACACGUAAAGCCUG